CACCACCAGCAGCAGCACCAGCAGCAGCACCAGCAUUACUACCACCACCACUGCCGCCGCCACCAGCAGCAGCAGCAUUACCACCAGCAGCACCAGUGGAGAAAAUUGUUGAGAGUCUGAGCAACCCUAUGCUGUUGCCAUUUCUGAUUCAGCAGCAGCUCCAGCUCCAACAGAGCUUACACCUUUACAGAUCUUUGUUCGGUUAUGCCCAGACACACCCUGUGAAUAACAACAGCAGUCAAUUUGGAAAUGCUACUGACGUCAGCCAUUCACUCUUUCUUAAUCAACAACAAACCCAAAUGCAACCUGCUGCUGCCGCCUGUGUACUUCCCAGAGUACAGAGCGACUCUGGCAAAGAAGGCGAAGCAAAGAUCCGUACUGUUGUGUACUCUUCCAAAACGGUGAAGGAUCCACGGUUGUCCGCACGGGGGUUUGGAGACCCAAACAGGACUGUCAUGGUGACGCAACAGAAAUUAGCUACAGUGCCUGAGGGCAGUAACAUGUUGAGUGCACGGAAAGAGCUUCUGACUCCACAACCUCAGCCCAAAGAAUCCAAAACUCCAGCAACUCCUGUUGAAACUAUUCCCAGGAGACACCAGCUAGAGGCAAAGUCUUGUGAUCUCUCAGGAGCAAAUAAUUCAGAAAAGCUGCCUUCGCUGAAGCUGUUUAAAAUGAAAUUUCAGAAAUACCAGGCCUAUUUUCGAAUGACAAAUGCAGAGAGGAUGCAGCAUGUUUGGUCACGGACAGAUUUGUCUUUGGAUCAGAAAAACUUGCUUUUGGAUAGAGUCGCUUUUUAUGAACAUUACUACGAAAGGUACAAACGAGGAUCAUUAUUUCCUAAAGUGACGAAAACAGACCAAACACUCCCUACGGAGAGGACAAGUGAAAGAAAGAUUACGCAGACUAAAUCCCACAUUGCAAGUAAACAUACCAACAGCGACAAGUCAGUCAAGUCUAUGUGUUCGCAGAUGAAAAAAAGGGAACAUACACAUAGAUCAAAUUCCACUAGUGUCCAUAGUCUGGGAGAAAAGAAACCGAGCAGAAAGCAAAUUCCCACCACACCAGAUUUUACAUCAGCUCCAGUCAGACCUGAUCCCAGAACAGUACGUCUGAACACACAAGAACACAAUGGCCUUGUCAAUGGCCACCAUGUCAGUGAGGCAAAGACAAUCACUGGCUCGACUCCAAGUGCUCAACAGCCGAUACGCUUGCUACACAUCCCUCAGGUAUGUCCAAAGAGUUCAGAAGACAUAAAAACACAGAGGGAGCUUGACAGAGAAAUUAUGCGAGAUCUCUCUACAUUUGUCGAAGAAACUUUCCCGGUUUCCCAGUCCACCAUUCAGAAAAAGAGCCUGGAAAGCUUGCCUGAGACAGUAGGAAAAGAUGUGUCUCGUCAGAAGGACUUGUCCUGUGGAAAUGAGGUAUGUUUUGGAGAUGCAGAGAGUAAAGGGAAGGGGGAAUCAAGAAAGACCACUGAAGGGAAAUUACUGGAUGUAGGUGUGUGUGAAUCAAAAACAAAUGAUUCCGAGAUUUUUGGCAAUACCAUAUAUAAUUUGUUGUACAGAAGACUGCAGCUGUUGGCAAAUUCAGCGCCAACUUACGGAAAGUCUUACCUGGUACCCCAGCAGCCAGACCCUACUAAUCCCUCUGUCACAAACAACACCAUUAAUCACGAUAAAGUCCAAGCCCGUUCAAAUCACACAGACGGUCACGCGUCACCAAUGAGAAAGAAUAGCUGGGAAGAAAACAGUAUGCUUGGAAUCACAAUCAAAGCCGAUGCCAGAGACCUUAAUGCCCCCAGAAGACCACUGACUCUGUCCGAGAGAUUCGCCCUGCUGGCAUCUGCCAAAGGAGAACAGCCUUUGUCCAGACUUCUGCAGGAUUCUAUGUUAAGCGAUCCAGAUAAGCACACAGCGCCCAGGUUAAGCAACAGUGAAAAGUACAUUAGCGACUUUAACAUCAAGCUGGUCAGGCUGUUGACACAAAAAUACAACAAUUGCCAAUUAAGGAGGAGCAUAAAAGGGCAUAAAAGGUCAAGGAGAACGGUCUCUGAUUUUAAAAUGACCAGUACCAGACCUGGUUCUAAGAGCACUUUUAAAAAGGCAUGCUGUAUCAAAAGACGGUAUUUCCGGACAUUACCCAGAGCUAUUAGAUGUAAACAAUUAUACAGAGCCGUUAUUCAUCAAGCAAAAGAUAUUGCUACACUCAAAGUACCCUCAUGUACAACUGAAACCAGAAAUGAAGCUAAACUACAUUGCGGUGUGAAUGUCAUGACACAACGUGUUGACGGACUGGAGCAAAGUUACACACAAAGCAAAGUAACUUGUAAUGACAGUAGUGCUGUUGGUAUACCUGAGACGUGCUCUCCCUCUGAACAUUCCAUGGUCUCUAAGCAACCGUUAGACCUGAAGACCUCAAGCGACCACAUUCAAAUGGAUGUUGCAAGAAUCCAGGAUAAACAGGAGGCACAGCAAAAGACUCAAAAGGUCACAAGUGAACAAGGUGAAGUGAGAGCGACGAAGACGGACUUCCACUGCAGCGACACAUCAGAUGGAAAAGAUGUUCCACCCAAGAACAGUUCGAGUAGCGACAUUAAAACACGUUCAGGGAUCCAGAAUAAUGAUAUGUCAGAGAACACUAUUGACCUCACCACGUCUAAUUCAAAAGUAGAAGCAACUCCUGGCACAAAGAUUGCAUUGCACAUCAAAGAUGCUCAGGAAGCAACUGCAGACAAGAGUAUGGACAAGAAGCGCCUCAACACUUCGAUUGACAAGCAAAAAAGCCCAUCUGGCUCAGAUGCUCAAGAAGUUAAGCUUAUUUGCAAAUUGCGGAAUUACUUGACUAAAUUUGAAUCAACGGUAAAGUUGCAGGAACCAUUGCAUGAAAUAAUAAUACCUCAACCCUUAGAACAUGCAAUGGGUACACAGUGUGAUACGGCACAAAAGUCACUGCUUGACAAAGAGGACAUUGAAGCACUGAAUUCUGAGUGCAUGGCCAUUGUCUCAGAACUUAACAUUGAAAUAACAAAUUCUGGACCCACUGAAAGCAGCCCCACAAGCAAUACAGUGACCUCAACAAGUCAGCCGACCGCACUGCCAGUGGUUGUCAGUUGUUCUAAUUUGAACGGGAGUUCUGUACCCACUCAGUCACUGGUAACAGCAAGUAAUCCCGUACCUGAUAGCACAACUUCCCCGGGCACUGUGUUGGAGAUCACCAACCAGUAUCCUUUAAUUGAACUGAGCAGACCUAAAGUGCCCACCGAACCUCAGCCCAUGCAAAUGAAAACAUCCGACACAGGUCAUCAUCACAUGCAAAGCAACAGCAAGGUCAAUGACCAGUGUUCAGGUGUCAACAAACCUAACAACAACCAAAAAGACAACAAUCAAGCCACAAUUGAAUCACGUGAACCUCAAGCUCAAGGCCAAAGGCAGUUUGCUAAACCGUUGAACACUAUCACUUGUCAAAGUCAUUAUAAUACUGAGGACAUUUCAGACAUUCUUAGAGAGGCUGAUCACAGGGGAGUAGAUGAUCUUCAUGCCUUGGUAUCCAAGGCAAAACACAUGCUCAAGUAUUUCAUUGGCAACUUUGAACGAGACCAGGGUGGCCCAGUCCACUUUGGCAUUGUCACCCGUGACGUAAUUUUAGAGAAGUACUUGCUUCACCCGCCAGCUCCUUAUGAUAUUAAAUACGAAGCAUUGAAUUCAUUUCUAGAAUUACAAAUGAUGGUGGAGGCCAGAGAGUUCAUUGAAAACAAAAUAAGUUUUCUGUCUGCCAAGCAAACAUUCAGGAGUUUGCUCUGGUACGAUCCCACUCUCUACGGGGAGCUGUUUAAAGGCAGAGUUGGACUUCAACACCAGUCGUGUGUCUACACCUCAUUUCAGCAAGGGCUGAAAAUGGAGGGCUUUGGAAAAUUGCAGAACUAUUACGUGGCCGUCAGCACGUUGAAUCAGCAGCUGAGGAUGGUCCCGCAGACAUCCUAUUACUUGUAUCUGAAAAGCAAGAGGGAAAAGCUGGAAAUCCAGGCAGCCCUUCAGAGUGCCUCCGACUGCGACUGCUUCUUCCUCUCGGUUCCUGUCAGUUCCAUGAUCAAUUUUGGUGACAGCUUAGAACACCUGGAAAAGCUUCAGAACCGUGUGAUCGCCUUUGUGGAGAAUCCCGCCAACAUACCGGGAGCGUUUGACGUGGGGAAGGCAGAGCACCUGUCCAUCAUCUGCCGAUUCAUCCAGGAGAAAAUGCACUUUUUGAGGAACUCUAAGGUGCUCAACAGUCAGAUGGCCUGGUUUGGGCUGGAACAUCUUCUCUACGACGCCUCCAAGAUUUUGGUGGCAAAGGAUAUGGCACAGAGCUUGGCCCAAGGUAAACCCAUAACGUUCCAGACGGCUGGGAACCCAGCCAAUCAUAGUUAUGGGCCCUCAAAUUCUUGGUUUCCGGCCAUGUUCAACAUGCCACCACAGCAGAUGCCACCAAUUGCCGGCGGAACAACGUCAGCAGUGCAGCCAGCUGAGAUGAAUCGAGGCGUUUUGCAAAGAUCGACCUCAGAUAAGCGACACUAUGCACAGAAAAGGAAAAUUGAUGGAGGGGAUGGACUACCCCCUGUAGUGAAAAGGAGCCAGAGUUAUCCUGUUAUGGGCCAAAACAACGAGCAGGCGCUGCCCAACAGCAGUAUCGGCAUCCCACCACCUCAGGUGAACCUUAUUAACCCUGGCCAAUUCCAGGCAGCGCAGCACAGCAAUAACCUGCUGAAACAGAACGCAGCGCUCCUGAGGCGCAGGACACAAGACAACAUCAACACCCCUCCUGCUCUACUUCCUACUCCCUCUCCACGUCCUCCUCUUCUUCCUCAUCCCCCUCCACGUCCUCCUCUACUUCCUCAUCCUCCUCCACCUCCUUCUCUACUUCCGACUCCUUCUCGACUUCCACCUCCUUCUCUACUUCCACCUCCUCCUCGACUUCCUCCUCCACCUCCUCCUCCUCCUCUACUUCCUCCUCCUCCUCUACUUCCUCCUCCUCCUCCUCUACUCCCUCCUCCACCUCCACCUCCUCCUCCUCCUCCAGCUACAGCAGCAUCACCCACUGCCUCCACCGCCGCUGCCACCACUGUCACCACCACUGUUGCUGCUAACACUGGAAAACAGCCACACUCGCACAUAAGGGCUUUGCUGAUGGCAAAAAACGACACGCCACCUCCAUAUCAGCAGCAACUCCCUGGCGGUUUGCUCCAUUUGCCUGUCAUGCACGCGUCUGUGCCACCACCUCCACCCUCGAUCACUAUGGGGACCCCCAAGUACCUCGCCUGUUCCGUUCCGCCAUCUUACGAGGGUGUGAUCCGUCGCGUCGCGCCGGAAAAGGGCAUGGCACCCCCGCCGCCCCAACACCCGGGGCCACUGGCGAAGCAGCUGAAGAACCCGUUCACUCUGGGUCCAGUUCCGUCUCUGCAGAUCCCUCCAUCUUUGUGUGCAGCAAGACCACCAGCUCCUCCUCCUCCUCAGCCUGCUAGUCAGUUCACACACGGCCUAGUUAACGCACCUGCUCUGUCCGAGGCCACACCUCUCAACUAUCCUUUCUUUGUGUUGAAUGGUGUUGUGUUGAAUUCCAACUCGAAUUCGUCAGGAGCCAACGAAGCUGCCCACAAUGAUAACAGUACAUCAGCAAAAAAAAAUGACUGACACUAAAGUGAAUUGGUUGAAAACGAAAAGUCUACCAUAUUUUCAAAAAUGUACUGGUAGUUCAUCUACUUGUAACCUCUAACCUACAGGGUGUUUUCACAUUUGGUCCCUCUCAGCCCUUAAAAUGAACUUAAAAUGAUUGACUCAGCAUUUUUGGACAUACGAUAUGUGAAUACAUCAACCUCACUCAGAUCCUCUUAAUCAAACCAAAUUGAGACCAUCUCAGUGGCUUAACAGUCAGUGGUACCAGUUUGCCUGAUCUGUGCACUGUGAACGCAAUGCAGUCUGGGUGCCUUUUAUUCUCUUCAUCUGUAGAACUAGUCGUCUAUCUUGAAUGAAAGUCAAAUCUGCUUUCAAUUUGUAGGGUGACUACGAUUGUAUUUUGUGUUUCCAGCAAGUGCUCUGUUUACAACUUCCUUGCACUAUCGUCUCCAAAUUAUACAUGGGAAAAACAAGCACAGGCUUAAAUGGGAAAACUCAUCUUUGUACUGAAUGUAUAUGAAACCAUGACAGGACAGAGCGAUAACGUUGACCAUUACAAAAAGUAAAUCUUUAAUAUUUAUCUUAAGUACUAGUAAUUACUUUUCACAUUCACAUUUGAUCAAAAAAGUGUAUAUUGUUUGAAAUUCUGUAUGAUUUUUACAUUUGUAACUUUUCUGAAGAUGGUUGAAAUUCAAAGAGAGCAAUAUCUACACUGACUAUGGUGGUAUUAUGGUUUUGUGCUGUUUUGGGCAAUGUUUUUUUGCACUCACCCUUUAUUGAAUGUUUUAGAUUCAAGGUGUAAUUUUUGUACAGCUGCUUUUUGUACAUAGUAAACAUGGACCAUAUAAGGAAACAAGUACACUGAAAACAUUGUUUACUGUAUCAAAUGCUGUAAAUGCCAUUAUGGACUUAUUUAUUUAUGCCUAAAUAUGGGUCAUUUUAUUGAUGUCCAAUGAAAUGGCCCAUGUGUUGCUCCAUCUAUUUAAAGUCCCCUUGCUUAAAAUUAAAGCAUUUUCUCCUCUGUGCACUGGAAACGUGCAGUAUGUCCACCCGAGUUUGUCUCAUUAUGUCCAAAGUAACACAUUUUCUGUGUUGUGUUGUGAUGUUUUUGCUUCAAGAUUGUUUUUUUGUUGAUGUUUUUUCCAAAGCACGGAAGAAA